AUGGACGACGAUAUCGAACAGGACAAUAUAAUUGAAGAGGACUUCUAUACGUUUUUGAACGUACCAAGAAACGCAGCUCCUGAAGAAAUUAACAAUGCUUAUCGUAGGCAAAGUAGAUUAUACCAUCCAGAUAAACAUGCAGAUCCCGUCCUUAAGAAAGAGGCUGAAGUCCUUUUCAAUCGUACAAAGAAAGCAUAUGAAGUUUUAAGUGACCCUCACCAGAGAGCAAUUUAUGAUUCUUUGGGUACCCGUGGCCUUGAAACAGAGGGAUGGGAAAUUGUUCAGCGUACAAAGACUCCUCAGGAAAUAAGAGAAGAGUAUGAACGCCUAGCAAGAGAAAGAGAAGAAAGAAGGCUACAGCAACGUACAAAUCCCAAAGGCAGCGUUAUAGUCAACAUCAAUGCAACAGAUCUUUUUAGUAGAUACGAUGAUGACUAUGAAGAGCCGCCUGGAAUUUUUUCAUCGGUUGAAGUUAGCGGCAUGUCAUUUGCUCAAUCGAUAGAAGCCCCCUUGACAUUAAGAGACACUAUUACGAUGUCUGGUCAGUUGGGUACUCAAAAUGGAACUGGCACAGGUUCUAUUAACGUUGGUGCUAGACGUUUAGUAUCAUCAAAAGGCUGGAUAGAAUUGGAUGUCGGUGCUGGAAACGGACCUGUAAUAUCACUAAAAGGAUUUAGGACGUUAACAAAAAGAUUAUUUUGCAAUGGGGCAACAAUUUUACAAUUCACAGGACACGGGAUUAGACCGGGUCUCGUGGGAACAUUGGCAAUGCAGUUAGAUAAACAUACAGUGGGCUAUCUCACGUAUAGGGCUGGUUUACAGAGUGCAAUGAGCACAAUGAUAGUAAGAGACACAUCUCAAUCGUACACUGCUUUUUCAAUACAAUUUGGAAUCCUGCACUCAUACGCAAGCCUUAAUUAUACCUACAAAAUGGAGGAAAGACAAAUGAAAUUACGUGGAUGUAUAAAAGCUGGCACAUUUGGAGCUUUUGUAGAAUAUGGUGCUGAAAAGAAAGUAUCGAAGCAUAGUGCACUCUCCGCAGCAGUCAGAGUUGGAGUACCGAUGGGUGUGACCUUAAAAAUCAAACUGAGUCGCGCUUCUCAAACGUAUGCGUUUCCAAUUCAUCUGUGCGACGAGGUAUUCCCGGCACCAGUAUUUUACGCGACGGUGGCGCCACUAAUAACGUGGACGAUUGUAAAAAAAUUGAUCAUCGACCCGGUGAUGCGGGAGCAAAAAGAACGCGACAAGGAGAAGCAGCGAGAGAUGAAUAAAUCUCGGAUGUUGGAAAAACAAAGAGAAGCUAGGGCAGCUGUUGAUCUUAUGAAAGCUACUUUCAGUAGAAUUAGAUCAGAAGAGGAAUCGAAAAGAGGUCUAGUUAUUACGAAGGCACUUUAUGGAAGGUUUGUCUAUCCUCAAGAUAGAAAUCUUGGGGAAGAUGGAGUUAAUGGUCAUAGAGAUGAGGUCAUAGAUGUAACUAUCCCACUACAAUGCCUGGUCAAAGACUCAAAACUUGUUCUUCACAAUGCAUCAAAGAGCCAGUUACCUGGUUUUUACGAUCCUUGUGUCGGGGAAGAUAAACAACUUCUCCUGCAAUAUCUCUUUCAUACGCAAACGCACGAGUGUCUUAUAAAGGAUAACGAACCUCUUAGGAUACCAAAACAAUCACAUCGUGUGAAUACCACAUGACGCAAACGGUUUCAUACCAAAACAAAAAGAAGCCAUCGUAACCUUAAUUGAUGAUUUGCGUUAGUUCCCGUAUCCUUAAUUCGUUCCUAGGAUUCGAAUUGUCUUUCGAGAAAAAAUGGCUCUUAUGGCAUAUUUAACGUUAGUGAAAUCAGUUGCGCUUUGUAUAAUAAUAUCAUUGAACUUCCAGGAACACGUGACUUCCUGUCUGUUUCAUCAUCUGCCGCAAUACAUAAACGCAGAUAAAUCACUUUUCUCUGUAGGAUCAUUUUGCUUCACGGGCCAAACGGGAGUAAUGGUCUUUUUUCUUUAAUUUCAGGACAUUCUAUAAAAACUUGUAAAGAAACAGAGGAAAAUACACAUUGAUUUUUUUUAUUAUA